AUGCCUCCCAAGAGACGCUCAACCGGAGCCGCGUCCGGCGCCAAUAAGAAGGCCAAACCCACUGCUCCCGAGGCCGAGGCAUCCUCACCUGCACCUGCACCCGCAGCUACCGAUGACGACCGCGGCAAGAACCGGUGGCCUGCCAAGAACACCCGCUGGUCAACUGUCUCUGCGUCACGUAACGCCGACGAGGACUACAAGAAGGCCUGCGAAGAGGUUGCCUAUGCCUUUGAGUAUGUAGUCCGAUGUCCCUUUGGCACCAGGCAUGGCGAUGACGAGGAGGAAGACGACGAGGAUGACGAGGACGAGGAAGAGGACGAAGAAGAGGAAGAGGACGAAGAAGAGGAAGAGGACGAAGAAGAGGAAGAGGACGAAGAAGAGGAGAGGAAGAGGAAGAGGAGAGGAAGAAGAAGAGGAGAGGAAGAGGAAGAAGAAGAGCCUCAGCCCAAAGGCAAGGGCAAGUCCAAAUCCAAAGCAGCCGACAAGAACACCAACAAGAAGAAGACCAACGCCAAAGACAAAGACAACUCCAAAGACCUCGCCAUCAUUGAGCUCGAAAAGCAAAAGCCCAAACAGAAAUGCGACGGCGGCAAGACAUGCCCCUGCACCAAGCCCGCGGCCGAGCACCCGGACGCGCCCUACGUGAUCACAAACGCCGGCUUCCACAAGCUCAUGAACCAGCAGGUCCACUGCCAGCUCCGCGACCCGGACAGCUUCCGCAUGUACACGUACAACGACCACAUGGCCUACGGCGUGCUGCAGGUCCUGCAGAACCUCAUGCUCGACUACGAGGAGGCCAAGGGCAACUGGCGGGAGCAGUGGGUUAUUUGCGAGGCGAUUUGCCCGUUUAUUUGGUACCUUAAUGGUGGUGACUUUGCCAUGGCCGACGACGGCGAAUUCGUCGACGAAACAGCAAAACUCAUCGGCAACCUCUUCCUCGCAACCCUCGCCCGCCUCGAGCGCGAAGGCGUCCUCGCUCCGGACUCGGAAGUGCAGGACCUAGGCUGCGUCAUGGCCGGCAUGCUCAAAACCGCCUCCGCCUUCCGCGGCUUCGACCUCUUACAUGACGAGACCGUUCACAAAAAGUCCAAAAAGCGUCCUUUCCCCUUCACGGCCGAGAACUUUGACAGCUACGUCGCCUCGUAUGCCAAGAAGCACGGCAUCACCCUCAAGGGCGUCCCCGGGCUCAAGGCCCUCGUCAAGGAUGUCAAUGAUGAGGAGGAGCUGCCCGACGCCGGGGACCACGGCGAGGACCCUUGGGGGUGGGCGGAUGCGCUGGCGUCGUAUAAGAAGGGUAGGAAGAUUGGCGGGGAUGAUUUGGAUAUUACGUCGUGGACGCCUGCGAAGAGGAAGCAGCAUGCUUUUAGUAAGAAGGAUCCGUUGGGCAAGAAGGAGAUUGAUGCUAUUAAGAAUGGUAUGGUUAUGAUGCUGGGCUGA